AUGUUGCCUAUUGAUAGCGUCCAACCUGAUGUUGAAGAUGAGCUAGAGGUAUCUGAAAAUGUAAACGAAAUCAGAAGAAAGACGAAUAAUAAUAUUGUGAAUGAAGCUUAUGAGUUAAAAGCAGAAGAGUUCGCAUGGUAUCAGCUUUUCCCGUAUGGUAAAAAUGGUUUGAAAGAACAAUGGCCCGUAAAUAUAAGUCCUUUGGAUUACUAUCAAUUUCGUUUAUUAGGUGCUGAUGUUAGAUUUCAGCGCAACGAUUACCUAUUCUAUGCUCUAUCAAUGUUUGAGUACUAUAGAGUUAAAUCAACCAUUGCAGCUUGUGCUAGAAAAGUUGAAGGUGAAAACGGCAAUCGAGUGGAAGACCUGCACUUAUAUUUAAAAAAUCUAAGAGGUUCCGCUGCUUAUUGGCGUAGUGCUCUUAGUGAUCUUAUAGCACAAAUCAGAUGUUUAUGA